AGGGGAUAGGGGUUUUUUUUUAGUUUAUCAUUACAUUUUAUUUUAGAGACAAAAAUUAAACAAGUCGAAGUUUACUGACAACUUCCUUCAACGAAUAUAAAGCGUUGAAACUAAAAGAAACAUGUCGUUAAAAUGUGUGCUGUUUAAAUGCAUCGCUUUCGGAUAUUUCAUAACAUUUGGUGCCAGAUGUUGUCCUGUCGGAUACAGCUGGCAGUCUGGUGGAUGUUACCUUGCUGUUGGUCUCAAUGUAUCCUGGAUUGAUGCUAGGAACUACUGUAAAGUAUUAGGCGGAGACCUGCUUUCUAUAGAGUCAUCUGCAACACAGCGUGUCACAGAAAUAGCUGUUAGUCAAUUCAGCGGAAAGAUUUUUCCAGGAAAGUUCUGGUUAGACUUCAACGACCUCUUAAACCCAAAGGACUGGAAAAGAAUGCGAGAUCAUCAUACCUUAGUAUUCGAAAACUUGCAUCUAGCACUAGAAUCAACUGAAGUUGAACAUGCAGUUCACAACUGUGUAUACAUGGAUCAGGACUACCGUUGGUUACCAGAGCAUUGCGGCAAAAAGAUGAACUUUGUCUGUUAUACAUCAGGGUCUGUAUCAAUAGACACCAUUCAGUCCUCCAGUAUGCAGAGAUUCAAAGAUCACUCUGAAGAAGGCAGUGUACCUGACGUCACGAAUAAUCCGAAAAACCGCGUUGUGGAAAUUGAGAAAGAGGAAGAUUUAUUUUAUGAUCCUUUCGGUUGGUAUAGGAAAUAA